CAUGGCAUAAAGAGAGAGAUGGAGAGAGACGUUUCGAGAUUCAUAGAGAGCUGAAGAAACAAAUUCACAUGGAACAAGAGCCCCUCACUGCCACCGUUACCUUCUCCAACUUUCACUUUCAUUAGCUCUUCUCUAUUUAGCUCUCGAUCUCUCUCUCUGUCUCACCGAUUCGCUUCCCGAAACUCGUUAAUCUUCUUCUGGGUUCUCUUAAUUUCGCGAUCUGAAUCCGAAAUUCGCAAACUUUUCUUCUGGGUAUUGAGAGAUCAGAUGGAAGAAGGAAGCGUGUUCAGAUCUCUGCUAGCGAUUCUCCAGUGGUGGGGCUUCAACGUCACCGUCAUCAUCAUGAACAAAUGGAUCUUCCAGAAACUGGAUUUCAAGUUUCCGUUAUCGGUUUCGUGCGUCCACUUCAUAUGUUCGUCGAUUGGAGCUUACGUCGUGAUCAAAGUCCUAAAGCUUAAGCCUUUGAUCGUUGUCGAGCCGGAAGAUCGGUGGAGGAGGAUCUUCCCCAUGUCUUUCGUCUUCUGCAUCAACAUUGUGUUGGGGAAUGUUAGCCUCCGUUACAUCCCUGUUUCGUUUAUGCAGACGAUUAAGUCCUUUACUCCAGCUACUACAGUUGUGUUGCAGUGGCUGGUGUGGAGGAAGUACUUUGAUUGGCGUAUUUGGGCGUCUCUUGUGCCUAUUGUUGGUGGGAUUCUUCUGACUUCGGUUACUGAGCUUAGCUUUAACAUGUUUGGGUUCUGUGCUGCCUUGUUUGGGUGUUUGGCUACUUCAACAAAGACCAUUCUAGCUGAGUCUCUUCUCCAUGGUUACAAGUUUGACAGCAUAAACACAGUGUACUACAUGGCGCCUUUCGCCACCAUGAUUCUCGGUAUACCUGCGUUACUACUUGAAGGCAACGGAAUCUUAAGCUGGUUUGAUGCACACCCGUCUCCCUGGUCAGCGCUCAUCAUCAUCUUCAGCUCUGGUGUGUUAGCCUUCUGCCUCAACUUCUCCAUCUUCUAUGUCAUCCACUCAACAACCGCAGUCACAUUCAACGUAGCUGGAAACCUCAAGGUUGCGGUGGCUGUAAUGGUGUCAUGGUUGAUAUUCCGUAACCCAAUAUCGUACAUGAAUGCUGUUGGAUGUGGGAUCACGCUUGUGGGCUGCACGUUCUAUGGAUACGUGAGGCAUAAGCUUUCGCAGCAGCAGCAGCCGGGAACGCCUAGGACUCCUCGUACACCAAGGAACAAGAUGGAGUUGCUUCCUCUUGUUAAUAACGAUAAACUCGAAGGCAAAGUCUGAUCUCAGAUGCUGCAGAAGAGAGAAGAAGCAUUACUACAUAUGCAUUUUACUCAAAAACAAACCUUAUUAGAGAACAGUAACAUUUUGUUUUUGUUUUUCUUUCGUUUUGUUUUAUGGCUUGUAGAAGAGAUAAUGGUUCAACCCUAUUUAUAUGUAGAAUCUUUAAUUUAUCUAAUACAUUUUCAGAAACCUUAA